AUGGCGCCCUCAAACCCGCUGGCCAACUGGGAGCGAGUCGGGGAUCGCUUCUACCGGAAGGUCCGCGUCUACGAUGCCGUCUUUGGCGAGGAGGUAGAGCUCGAGAACUACAUUGUUGCCGGGGCUCCCUACGGCGGUGCUAUCGCGUUGUAUCGUGAUGAGAGCAGGCCGUACAGGUAUCUUGACGCCCAAACGACGAAGUCCAGUGUGGACAUCUAUUCCUCGUCAGGGAAACUGAUCAAUCAGAUUAAUUGGGAGUAUGGCGCUAUCCGAGGCCUCGGCUGGUCCGAUAAGGAGGAGCUGUUGAUCGUCUCCGAGGAUGGUACUGUGAGACGGUACUUUGGCCUCCAUGGAGACUUUACGUCUUUCUCGUUGGGAAAUGGUGCUGAGGAAUACGGCGUGCGCGCCUGUCGUUUCUGGACAUCUGGAUUUGUCGCUCUGCUGUCGAACAACCAGCUGGUCGCUGUGUCUAAUUAUGAUGAACCGCGGCCAAAACAGUUGGCGCCUUGCCCCGAAGGGGAGGUCUCUUCCUGGUCGCUCAUUCCUCCCGCCUAUACAUUGUCUCGCUCGGUCGAGGUGCUGCUCGCCGUAGACAAGACUGUGUAUCUGGUUGAUCCCACGGAUGCAGAAGACAAGGUGCUGCAGGACGGGCCUUUUAAACAUAUCGUCGUCUCUCCUACCGGACGGUUUGUCGCGCUCUUCACCGGCGAGGGCAAAGUAUGGGUUGUCAGCAGCGACUUUCAAAACAAGGUCAGCGAGUACAACUCGAAGGCCCGAACUCCGCCUAGGAGUGUCGAUUGGUGCGGCGAUGAUGCCGUGAUUUUAGCCUGGGAAGAUGAAAUCCAUCUCGUUGGCCCUAACGGGGCUGCUUGCAGGCAAGUUGCCCAGAAAAUCGAUUUAUCCUUUGCACCAUAUUACUACGACGGAAGAAUCCAUGUAGUUCCCGAGUUUGACGGUGUACGCCUGAUCACCAACGAUUCUUAUGAGUUCUUGCACAGCGUGGCCGAUGUGACCGAAGAGAUCUUCAGGCUUGGGUCCACUUCACCUGCGUCGGUGCUACUGGAUUCUGUGGACCAGUUAGAGAAGAAAUCACCAAGGGCGGAUGAGAACAUUCAACGCAUCCGUUCGAGCCUACCCGAAGCUGUUGAUACGUGCGUCAAGGCUGCGGGCCACGAGCUCGAUAUCUACUGGCAAAAACGUUUGUUGAAAGCGGCAUCGUUUGGGAAGUCCGUCCUGGAACUGUACAACAGCGACGAAUUCGUUGAAAUGACGGAAAAGCUUCGAGUCCUAAAGGCAGUGCGCGAUUAUCAGAUCGGACUCCCGAUGUCUUAUGAUCAGUACAUGCGACUUACGCCAGAGCGGCUAAUUGAGCGACUUGUGAAUCGUCAUGAAUACAUGCUGGCCAUUCGAAUAUCAGAGUACCUCCGGAUUGCCGCUGAUAAGAUCUAUGUCCAUUGGGCCAGCCAAAAAGUCAAGGUCUCCACUGCCGACGACGAUGCGGUCUGCAAGCUCAUUGUGCAGAGGCUAGAUGGGAAACCAGGGAUCUCGUUCGAACUCAUCGCACAAGCUGCAUAUGACGAAGGGCGGACCCAUUUGGCAACGCACCUUUUGAACCAUGAACCUCGAGGCGGGAAGCAAGUGCCAUUGUUGCUGAACAUGGAAGAAGACGAACUUGCCCUAGACAAAGCGAUUGCCAGCGGUGAUGAUGAUCUAGUUUACUACGUGCUGUUGCAUCUGAAAGGCAAGCUCCCGCUUGCCAGUUUCUUCCGGAUGAUCAACAAUCGGCCCAUGGCCUCGGCGCUCAUCGAAUCAUCGGCGAGAGAAGGGGACAUGGAGCUUCUGAAAGAUCUGUAUUACCAGGAUGACCGUCCCAUUGAUGGCUCUAAUGUUCUGUUCUCGGAGGCACUGAAUGAAGACGAACUGCAACGCAAGACUGAGAAACUGCAGCUUGCCUCUCGUCUUCUCGCCGACUCGAAAGACGCAACAGUGGUACUACAGCAGAAGCUGGUCUUAGAGGCAUCCCAGCUUUUAAAAGUCCAGGAUGCCUUGGACAAAGACCUGGCCGACCGGUCCGAAUUCCUUGGACUCAGCUUGAACGAGACCGUCUUCAGAUUGGUCAGGGCCGGGUAUGGCAAGCGGGCACAAAAGAUCCAGAGCGAAUUUAAGAUGCCUGAAAAAACAUACUGGUGGCUACGACUCAGAGCCCUGGUAGCCAAGCGGGACUGGGGUGAACUAGAAGAGAUCGGAAAGAACAAGAAGUCUCCAAUCGGGUGGGAGCCGUUCUACAACGAAAUUCUGGGCGCCGGCAACACCAAACUCGCCUCCAUCUUCGUGCCCAAGUGCACCAACCUGCCCGUGGCGGACCGCGUCGAGAUGUGGGUGAAAUGUGGAAUGAUCGUCAAGGCCGGGGAAGAGGCCGUCAAGGCCAAAGACGUGAAUACUCUAGAACUGCUCCGCGCGCGAGCUUCCGGGCCCGCCGUCGCCGAGAUUGAUCGGUUGAUCAACCAUUUGAGACCGAGGGGGUAG